AUGCGCGUGUCUAAAGCCAACAGCUGAACCUUGUGUCAAAACACAGAGGGAAAGCGGCUGGAGGCAGCUAAUCUGGGCUAGCUGUAAUUUUCUUGGGAGUAUUUAUAAAACCACAUUUCCAAUAACGUGCACAUACCAUGACCGAACAAUCAGCGUUACUGCUUCGAAAACAACUUGCAGAGCUCAACAAGAAUCCUGUGGAGGGCUUUUCAGCAGGUUUGAUAGAUGAUGACGACAUAUAUAAAUGGGAAGUUGUGAUCAUUGGUCCCCAGGAUACCCUUUUUGAAGGAGGGUUUUUUAAAGCAUAUCUAACCUUCCCCUAUGAUUAUCCUCUUCGGCCUCCAAAGAUGAAGUUCAUAACUGAAAUAUGGCACCCGAAUGUUGCAAAAAACGGGGAUGUUUGCAUCUCUAUCCUGCAUGAGCCUGGAGAGGAUAAAUUUGGCUAUGAGAAGCCUGAAGAGCGCUGGCUACCCAUCCACACGGUUGAGACAAUCAUGAUUAGUGUUAUAUCCAUGUUGGCGGACCCCAACAGUGAUUCACCAGCUAAUGUAGAUGCUGCAAAAGAGUGGCGGGAGGACCCCAACGGUGAAUUUAAGAGAAAAGUUGCUCGUUGUGUAAGAAAAAGUCAAGAGAUGGCCUUUGACUAGAAGCCCAUUGUGAAUUCCAGGUUCAUUGAAACACCUCCAGAGGGAAACCUUCCGACUUGUGCACCCCUUGUUUUGCAAGACAAAAGGAAAUGGUUGGAAUCUGGUUUCUGUGAGCUGUUGUCAUUCACCACAAGAGCAAAUUUGAGAACACUACCAGCAAAAUUCACUUACUUCCUACAUGGAAUUGUAUAUUUAAUUUUAUUUAUUUUGGAAAACUAAUGAUGUAAAAUAUGUCACUACUGUAUAUUAACUUGCUUUUUUAUCUGCUGCUGAACAGUUUGUACUUUAUAAUACCAGGUUUCUUAUGCAAUUUAGUGGUCAAGAUUGAGUCGAAGAAAUGAAAGCCCGUUACCUUUUAAAGAACCCCUGUACCCCCCGCCCUGUCCUCGCUACUACAUACUGUAUUUGUCAGCCCAGCAUUAUCUGUCAAUAGAAGUGAUUGUGAUUUUCAUUGACUCACUGUUGCCUUUUAUUGGCAUCCUUUCAUCACUCUGCUUAUUGUUCAGAAAGAGAUGAUGAGGUUUUUGUGGCACUUAAACAUCUUUUAUUUCAUUCUUUUAGUGACCGCGACCGGCUAGUAUUAGCUAUCUAUGCGAGGGUAGCAAUGACUCAAAUGUGCAUGAUCCCUUCAAACUCUCUUGCGUCUUGUUUCUGAUUUUCAUUGUGAACGGAAUGGCUUUCUCUGCUGUGAGAGCCAUGAACUUCUCGUAUAUAGACUUCUUGCACACGCAUGGCUAACAUUAACACUAGGUUUGUGCCAACUUCUCAGGAUCGACUUCCAAGUUCCUCUUGGCCUUAUUUGGUCAAUGAAAAUUUCUUUUAACUGCCACAACCAAAAAGGGUCUGUGGAGGAAAAAGUGUACAAGCUGUGAUAAUUCUGGGUGUGUCGUGUGUACUGCUGUGGCAUUUGGAAUUUACCUCAAUCCAGUUGUUGAGUUCUCAAUGUUUGGUAUGUUGUUGCACAUUGGGCUUUCUUUGUGGAUAUGUUUCACAUUUUAGGGGGAGGUGGUUUCGAUGGUGAGGAUUGUAAGUAGACUUACAGGUAAAACUUUCAUCACCUUGACCUUUUCCUGGUGCACAUUUAGCCAACAUGUAUCACGUUAAAGUUCAGAUUUUUUUUUUUUCCGUGGGAUUGACACAAACACGUUUUGUAAUUGGAGAAAGUCACAAUUCUGCAUGCACCUUUUACUUUCAAUGAAGUGCACUGGUCCAAAAAAAAAAAAAAAAAAAAGCUGUUUCCUUCUUCAUAAUGGACUUGCAUUGGCCGUGCCAUCUACACCAAUACAGACUGAUUACAAAAGAACCAUCUUGGCACAUGCAAUCAGGAUUGAAUGAGUUGAGUGUGUGAAGGAUACCAUUUACAAUGUUCAUCCUGGAUGAAUGUGAUGUAUAUUCUUAGUAGACUUGAUGAUCAUCUUACUGCUAUUUUACGUCAACAUUUUCUAACCUACCAUGACCUCUGACCGGUGUUCACUGUAUUUGCACAGAUUCAGUGCGUUUUUCAAACGUCAUCAAGCAAUAUGCUCUGAAAAUGGUGUCCAGGGAAUCCACCCUAUAAUGUUGCUACUAGUUUUGUUAUCCAUUUUGUGUCAACGCAGUGUACAUUUGGACAUGAUGCUAAAUAAAGUGUGUAAAACAAG